AUUAGGUUCAACAGGUUAUGGAGGGUUACUUUUAAAGAUGAAAGAACAACUUGGAAGUAAUGUCAACGACAUUGAUCGAGCGGAUACAUGGCUCUUGGGAAGAGAAAGAAAAGAUGGUGGAUAUGAUCCUGAGGUUUUGGAAGUUGCAGAAGAAAUAAAGGAGCUCAAAAAUAAGGUGAAAGAAGGAUCAUUUGUGCCUCGUGGAGACGAUGAUGUGCUCUCAGUUGCUCUUCAGAAAAAAUCAAAUGGCAGUAGAGUACAGGGGUUGGGGCACUUCAUUACCCCAACACGAUACUUUUACACGCCAAAGGCAACCAAAACCGAGGGUGGGAGUCAUGGAAUGCAGAAG